AUGAAAAAGAAUUAUAGAUGCGGUUAUAUUGACUUUCCUGAAGAGAAACUUGAACUACUUCGGAAGAAAAAUGAAAAGAAGAAGGAGGAGCAUAAUUACAUGAAAGGAUUACCUAGUGGUAGUUACGAUCCUUCCACACCUCAGGGCCAAAAUUUGCGUCCGACUUCUUCGAUAAAUAGUGUGCCCAAUACUGUGUCUGAUACUGCCUCAAGUCUACCUACAUCAUUGAGCCCGAAUUUUCAGCAUCCUAGAAGUCGACAACAACAGCCGACCCCACAUAACCAGUACCAAACCAUAGAAAGGCCCUACGAACAUAAAAAUUUCAACACAGACGAUGUAAUCUGGAAGGACGAAUUUUAUAAUAAUAAAGAGUCGUUGAGAAUGUCCUUAUUUAAGGAUACUAUAUUUAGACUAUCUAAAGGGGAAUCAGAAUUCACUGCACCAACUACAACUGAAGAUUCGGCUUUGAAGUUCCUUCCAUCAGAUUAUGAUCCAGAUCCUAAGCAUGUGAACCUUGGGGAUGAUUUAAAACAUAAUUCAGAGGAAAACUUUCCAAUUGCGACGGACCAAACCCAAAUUCUGUAUCUAGAUGAUAUAGGAACUAAUGAGGUACUAUUUAACCAAAGACUUCCUGACAGUUAUGACGGACCACUUGGAUUUGACUGGGAAAAUACCUCAGAUAAACCUCAGGGUACACAUAAUUCUCAGUUUGAAAUAUCCCAGAAGUAUAAUGCAAAUAGGGUUAAUUUCAAUCCACUUCCCAAUGCAAUUAUUAGCAACACUAGUUUCCCGAAACUUAAACAAACAAAAAGGUUGCGCAAUACCUAUUUGGAAAGAUAUUUAAAUAAUUCUAACAGAGAUGUUAAGUCACUAAUUAAUUUGGAAUUCAAAUCUAUAUUCUCACCUGUUUGGACGAAUGAUAAUGCGUAUUCCUUCUGGGCUUCUGUUUACAAUCAAUCAGUUGUGCUUGAAGUAUACUUCUCAUUUUUUAUGGACAGAUCUUUAAAUGUCCUCUUGAAAGCUUGCAAUGUCACAUUAAAUGGGGAAAUAUUUUCAAAUUUAGCACACAGUCCAUCGUACUCGUCAAUUUCAGCUUCAGAUACACCCUUGUCAUCACAUACGUCGUCAGAUGAUGGGUUUUUCUUCACAAAAAAAGAGUUGGAUAUACUUACCCAGAAAUCAUAUAGGUAUUAUGGAGCAUUGAUCAGAGACUUACGAGAAUCAUUAACUAAUAUACAUAUCGAAUAUCCAUUGAAGAUUUCUUUAUUUGCUGCAUGGUCAAUUUUCUUCCAUGUUAAUGCUACCGUGGAAACUUUAUGUCUCAUGUACAACGGUACAUCUUCAUUAUUACUGAAAGUUUUAAAUGAUUCUCAUUGUCUUCAAGACAUUACACCGACGAUUCGGGUCACAUUAGAAGUUCUUAAUGGACAUGCUCUGGCAGCCUUAAUUCCUGAUUAUAAUUUUGAAAUCAUAUUGGAAAUAUAUAGAGAUUUCAAGGAAUUCAAAAACUUUUUCAUGGAUGCUCAGGAUACGUAUGUUAAAAGAUAUGCUGAGAGUAACACAGAAGAUGGGAGGAAAAAGCGGUUGACAAGUAACUUGGAAAAGCACGACUGCUUGGAAUUAGAACAGUUUUUGGAACAUGUUGUUAAAGAGCUUUUCCCAAAGUUAAACUACAUUAAUUGUUAUUAUAAGGCUACUAAUAAUGUGAAAGAUUCCAACAGCAACAAUAUUUAUUUUACUUCUGUGAGAUUAAUUUUCGACUUGUUAGUCUCAUGGUUUAAAAACUUUCCUUCUGAUGCACUUUCCAUGGGCUCUAGUGCUUGCCCCGUGAAGAAGACGUUUUAUUUGUUCUAUUCUGUUAUAGGUAGAGCUUUAGUCAAUAUCAUUUCGCCUGUUAGAAGUGUGCUACUUGUUGAUCCGUGCCAUCUCUUCUGUCCAAGAGUUGACUUUGACCCAGAGAUUUACAAGGUUAAGAAGAUAAACAUAACUACUGAAGAGUACCAUUAUUUGCAAGCAUUAUCAGAGAAAAUGUUGAGGAUGGUUACUUUCUUUGAUUAUAGAAUGUUGCUUUAUUCUUACUUUUUGUCAACGACCACCACUUUAAAUACUGAAUACGUGAAGCCAUUGAAUGCACCCGUUCAUACAGCUAGUGACGAUUACAACGAUAUAAUUCAAUUGCUUCCCAAAAAAUUGGACGUUGACGAAACAAUAAUCGAUAGUUUCACCAAUAUAACCCUUGAUGCAAACAAUUUCCCGCUUUUUGACAUAUUCCACAGCGACAAUGAAUAUAGGUCAAUUAUACGCCAGGAAAAGCGUAACCAGCUUCUCAGACAACAACAGCUUCCGAACGAGUUUAACUACAAGACCGGUCUAUUCACCCAUGAUUUUAACCCUCGAUCGCUCUUCAACGCGCUAGAAAGAAAUCAAAAAGCAUACUGGAAUUUAAACCAGCCAACACUCGAAGAAACAAGAAUUAGAGUCCAGAACUUUGAUUUCGGUAGGCAGGUCGUAUCCGAAACCGUGAAAAAUAAUUAA